AUGGUCUCCUACCGACAUCACUGGUCCGGUAAGUGUAGCCUCUCAGUCGGUUGAAUGAUUAAUAUGCGAAAAGGCCGCAUCUAAACCGACAGUGGACAGAUCGCAAGUCAGCCUAGGCAUACGGCGCCUGAUGCAAAUUUAUACUUAAAAUAAAUUUUAUCCUUGUAGGUUUGGAUGACUUUCUGGGUAAAAACAACGCGUGGCAAUCCGCAUCGGCUGUGAUUGAACUAAAGUGGCUUCUAAAUUACAGGGGUUCGUCGGAAAAACAGGUAUGAUCUACCAGUUUCUCUCAACGGGCUUUAUGUCUUUGCCGUCGCCGCAGAGAAUAUCUUGGCUUAGAGGCAUGCGUGUGCGCCGGUUCUGGCAAAAAUAACGCUUUUUCGUGUUGAUUUGGGUAGCGUGCGCUUUGAGCUGCUUACAUGGGUGAAGGAACCACGGAAGUAGAACUCAAAUUAAGCACUUUCUUUCCAAACAAAGACUGCUAAGUUGGACCGAAAUAUUCAAUAUAUUUUAUUUUCCCUGCGGGUGAAGCCAUUCUCCAUCGUCUGGGUAAUACACGGAGUGGGCGUUUAGGAAACCAAUGGCUCUUCACAGAUCGAGUCAUUGUUUCACUUUUCAUAGGAUAUGAAUUGGUGCUCGAAAAUCCAUAUUUCAUCGACCGAAACAAAUGCUAACCUGGGGAAACAAUGUCUGUUGAACACAACGGGUGGGGUGGGGCUUCUCAGAGAAACAAUUUUAGAGUUUUCACCACUCUUUGUGCAAUAUAGGGCAUAGAGUUUUCAUGUUGAUAAAUAAACUUACCAUAUAUUUCGUCAUAUGCUGACUGUCAUUUGGCUGAUUUUUUUUUAAAUUGCUAUCUAUAUGCUCCAACAGUAACCGUUUGAGAUUGCUUUAGCAAAUCCGGCUACACCACUUCUUUUUGGUCCCGAUAUUUGUGCAGGACAAUUUUACUUCAUUGAAUACCCUGCUCUAGCAUUUUUGUCUAUCAUCGACCGGACGUCGUUCAAGGUAAGUUGCCCUAAGAAUUAUCGCAACAGAUCUAUGUUUGUCACCAGUCAUGCGGAACUACUUGCAUGCACGUUCUGGAGGAAAUAUUUCGCAUGUAAUCUUUCUAUCGACCCAGCAUAUGUGUUUAUCUGGAGUGGUUACCGUUUACAGCGCAUGGAAACAUCACCAGUCAAACCCGUUAAAAUGAAUAAUAGAGAGUUAGAGUCCCUAUUUACUGAUAGGGUUUAAGUAGAGAGAAUGGAGGUGGCUUGGAUGUUUGUGACUGGGUUAGUUGUAGCUUGCAAGUUUGAACACUAAUCGGGACGCGAUAAAGUCUAGUGAUCAAUGAUGCGGCUGGUUCUUCAUCCAUAUCAAAGGCCUGCCUCCCUAAAAUCACUGCCGCUGGCUGGAUCAUUUGGAUCCGGUGUGGAGAAACCCCAUCACGGGCUUUGCGUGAAGUGUGCCUUUCAGAGUUUGGAGGUUCAGAAUUAGAGAGCUCUACAAUCAUACGCAGAAUCAAGGCAGAACACGGUCUGCUGUGCGGAGACCUGGUCGUGUGUGGCAAGCCUGGACAUGAUGUUUAUUAUUUCCAACCACAGCACCCGGAUCGGACAUCUGUCGACAUGACAUGGUUUGGCCGCUGGUAGAGGAAGAAGAGCGUACGGCGGUGGGCUGCGCCAGUGUGUCGGCACUAUAAUCUGGUUAGUUCACCCGCUAGUCAACAUCCUGUACUUACCACAUGAUGAUCGAUCUGUCAGUGGCAAAUGCUUAUCAAACAGGAACCCAGUGUGCUCCCGUCCCUAAACGAUGCUCUGUUUACAUCCGUUCUCCAAGCACUGACCUCAAGCGGCGCAGAAGUUCAUGUUGAAACUAAGCAAGUUCAGAUAUAAUGAAAAAGAGAAGGCUCUUCGGAAUAUUGAGUUGUAGUCGUAAACUUUCAAGUUGGUGGCGCCGACCCGUCGUCAGACGAAAGAAACAGACUAGGUCGGCUGGCGCGACAGCACAGACAACGACAAACGGACAGUUGAUGCGUGAGAGGGGUGGGCACCGAGUUAUGGUAGGCUGUCGGGCAGGGGGACGGAAGGAAGAACAGUUGGGGCUCCCUGUGUUGGAAGAGGAGAAAAACACUGUGGAUUACAGAUCAGUGGGGGUGCGGGCGGCUCGUCACUGAUGCGGGAUGAAGUCAGGGGCUAUGCUCAGGCGUUGAACGUGUUAGGGGUUUCGUUUGUUUUUCACCGUGUCGUAAAGGGGGAGGGGAGGACGGAAUGGCGAAAUAGCAUACAUCUAUGUGGCCGAGUGGGGGGAAGCAAUUGAUAGGGUGUGGGAAAAAUAGAGUGAGCGUGUACGUAAGCCCUCGUAGUGAGCGUCUAGAUCGACGUGGCGGUUGAUGCAGGUCGUGCUAGAAUUCCAAGCCUCAAGGAAUGCACGCGCCUGUCUGGUGCUAGCCCUUGUGAUCAAAUCAGUGGUUCCAAAAAUACUCAACUGAUUUAAUUGCAUUUUAUAGCCCAAAAUUUAAUGGAUGAUUUCAAAUAUUGAUUUAUUUGCAGCACCUAGAAUGCCUUCUGAAUGGGAAACUCCUGUGCUCUGGAGUAACGACCACAUCUCAGUGGGGAAAGUGUCGUAAGUGUAAUUUUUCAAAAUUCAACUGAAUAGUUUACUUCAUCCUUAAUUUGCGAAGCGCAAAUCAAGAGUAGUGCGAUUACCGCGUGAACUGCCUACCGCACUUUUCUCUCUUUUUCAGAGCUGAGUAUUGAUAACAAGUCGUACGCCUUCACCUACGUUGCCAAGAGGCCGGUGUCAACAAAUAUAUCCCGAUAUGUUUGCAGAACGGAGAGCGAUAGUCAAACGCAGACGAUAUACUGGCACGGUAACUGCAUAUUUUUUAUUUCGUGUCAGUAGUACAUCCCUAAUUAUGUGACACCACUAUAAACAAUGCUUUCAAAAAUGAGAGGCUGACAUAUUUGCUAAGCAAUAGUAGAAGCCAAUACUGCACAUAGUCGGCAUUCACUUAAACAAAAAAGUCGAAUUUGCCAUUUCGUAACUUGAACUGUAGGCGCUUGAACAAAUUGCAAUUUCACAUAUUUGCCAGUCCACCACGUAGCCUCUUACCAUUUAAAAGACUUAGCAUUCGACGAAUUAUUUAGUAAUUUUAUCUAAUCGAUUGUUGGCGAAGCGGAGGUAGGCCGACGAUGUGCCAGAAAAACUGUCCGCGAGCGAAGUGGGCGGAACAAGUCCUCAAUAUUUCUAAGUUCCUCCUCAAUACUAUCUGCUGAACAAAUGUUUUGAAUCCUUUGCGCCAAACGCCUGACUCUAUUUAGCACUGUGUGGUGAGGUAAGAACCCAGCAAUCCUGUCGAUUCUAUCUCCAACGUGAAUUUGAUCGAUUAAUGUGCUCGGUUUACAGCAUUUAACAGUAGAGCAACGUCGGUUUCAGCGGUUGCGAUCACAAGGAUAUCAUCAUCGUGGCGACCGUAAUGUUUAAGCUUUUGGAUCUGAUCGCUUAGUUGAAAUCUCCCCAGCUUGCCGACGAGGACGUCUGCUAAGAGAGGUCCAAGAGACGAGCCCAUAAGAACGCCAUAUAUUUAUCUAUGAAUUUGGUUGUCAGGGAAGAACUGCACAUGUAAUGUGCACCUUUGUAAUAGUUCCUUGAAUGUUUUCGUCGGCAUGCCUAUUACGUGAUGACUGACAGAUUUUACCGUCAACCGUCUCGGUGACUGGGACGUUUGUAAAAAGUGAUGAAAGUUAUUUUGAUAGCUGUUUGCUGCCAGCUACUGCUGUAUGGGCUUUAGUUUCUCUGCUAAACCCUUUGCUAUUGCAUGAUACGGAGAGUUCCGCACAUCUAAAAUCAAACGAACUGAUAGGCAUUCCUUAUCGAUCUUAUGUAGGCCUUAUAAUCGCCCUACAUAUGUGGCGACUGAGCCGAGGUGUUUGAGAUCACGGUCACUUAUGUAACCCCCUGUGUGGUGCCUUCUUGAACAGUCAGUCAACUUUGCCUCUGCUUCACCUGUGCAAUCGUGUUCUUCGUCUUCAUUUCUGAAUUUCUUCAGGUCAGAUAAUAUGGACUGUAGCGUCGUUACGUAGUCCAAUAUUUUCGCUAUAACGACACCUGUUCUUCUGACAGGGGUAGUUACCAAGGUCUGUUUUUUUUCCCAAACUUUUCUUACGUUUUCCAUGUGUUGUUUUAUCGGCAAUCCUCGACAUUUGAACCUUUGUUUAGGUACUUAUAGCUGCAGUUCAAUGUUGUUAAUUUAAAAUGUAGGAUAACGUCAGUGGAAGUGGGCAAUAGAUCGAGGGCCGGUUCCAGAGGUUUUCGAACUGAGUUUCCAAUUCUAACUGAUUAAACUUCCGACGAGGUAUGCAAAAAUUAGGACACAGUGACAAAGCUUUAAUUGAUGCUUUAUCAAGUGGCAUAUAAAAUGGCUUGUGUACGUACGGAGCAGGAUCAUUCGGAAACCGUGACUGGCGUUUCAUCUCAUGUAAACUCCUAAGGAGCCCAGAGCGUUCUGCCUCUCCACGUUUUCAUUCUAAAGACUGAGUGUAGAUGUCGAAUUCUUGCCUUUAUUCAUCUGUCGGCCUAUCUUGGACGACUGUGCGUUGACACGGAUUGCGCUCAAGUUCCUCUAUUUUUAAGAGGAUAUUUUCCAUUUGAUUCUCUGCGUGUCCCUUUAGGAUAUUUGUGAUAGUAACUGUAGGACUCCGACGCGACGUUCUCCAAUAAUGGUUUGGAUACACAUCUUUCCCAAUACGGUCCCCCAUAAACUUUUUUCACUCACUGUACACCGUUCCAUAUUACUGUCUUGGCCUGGCUAGAAGUUGACGAAAUCAACGUUCGCUCGCCACCUUUUCUUCUGAAUAUACCCAUUGGAAUUUCGUCGACUCUUCUGCUUAGUCGGUGAAAAAUGACUUGUUCUCCUAAUUUUUUACUUGAAGUAGGGGUUUUCUGAAAGGUUUGUAUUGUGAGAUAUGUUAAUACCGUAAAAUUCCCGUUCAUAAAACGUCACGUCUCUGCAUUUCCAUGUGUGGCUUGUAAAGUUAACAAUAUGGCUGAAAUCCACUGCUAAAUUUUAUGAACGCUAUAUGGUCACUUCUUAAUAUCGUAUAGGAAUCUAUAGUUUUUGUACCCAGAAUGUAGUUUGAAAAACUCGAUGUAUCCAGUACAUGAACAACGAUUUCUUCCCUUAAACAGCUACGGCCCGUGCUUCACCUUGAUCAUUCUGGACUCAGAAUUACUCGUCUUGUAGGAUGUCUUGAAAAUUGCGGUACUCAGAAAGUCCUGCCGAUCUACUGACUUAUAAAUAGCGGAAAGAUAUUUGUCUACAUCGGAGGUUGAUUUCUCAGAUGAAUCGAAUUCAACUCCAAAAAAACUUAAACGAAAAACAGAGCAGAAACGACGUGCUGGCGUGAGUAGAGAGUGCUCUUUUCCUCAGCAAAUAGUUAAGCUGGCAUCUGGCAUGUCAUCCGCUUUUGAAUAAACAGCAGUAUUAUGGGUGAUAAGAGUGCCUUCCUAAGGCAUACUUCCUGCGCGAAUAAGUCAACAACCGGUCUUUCGGUUUCCUGAAAUGUUCUUCACCACAAUGCAGACACGGAAAGACGAUGAAUAAAACACGAAACACGCAUGGAGAUCGGCAGGUUUGAACUGAAUCAGGACUGUUUCACCAACAGACAGUUGCAGGUACUGAACAACUAUCUACUACGAUGUUGACAUUUACCCAUACAACUGGUAAUAUGCGAAUGAACUCGCCCAAAAAUAGACGUGUUCUUCAUAUAUACUAUCCCAUGGUAGCUUUAUUGAGUCUUCGCACAGAUGAACUAGGAUUGUCAAUGCAAUGCCAGUCCUUAACAUAUGCUUCUGUAAGAGGAAAUACUCUACAGCAUCCUACAGAAACAUAAUACUUUAAAUGUUGUGUGCAAAUCGUGAUACGUUCUAGAGCAGGUGUUCAUCAAAAGCCCCACUCUAACUGCUUUACGUACGUUUGACAUGUCGCAUGAAAGUAACCUCUUCUUUGUUCACAUAAAAAAUCCAGUCUUGAUGGCUAGUGUCAGUCUAGGUUAUGCCAUUGGCUCCUUCGGGCAGAGUCCAUUGCAGUACACGAACCGUGACAAUCCUAAGACAUUUCACAGAGGUCACAGGAGUUCACUUACGGACACCUAACACAGAGUGCUUGGUGGACGUUAGCUUGAUAUGCAUGUCUGCUUAAAAAGGCAAAAGUAAGAACUUGAAGAGGCAGAUCACUUGCACAUUGCAAUGUGCGAUGUUCCUCAAUAACCAUAAAUUCCAACCUAUCUUUCCACGACUUAGGCGACAAUCCUGCUAAGAUGUCAUUCGGAGGAUACGAGAUUUCACAGUCUUCUGGCCCAUACUCGUUACAAGUGCCAAUUUCCAACCAGACUUCAGUAAGACUUGCUUCAAUUUCUACAAAGGACAUAUCAGCAAUUUUCUUUCCCAUAUUACUUUAAUGCAAUCGGCUAGUUAGUUAACCGAAUCUCUCUCAUUUCACUGCGUAGGAAGUGACCUUCACCAUUGACGAGGACGUAUUCAUAGCCGCCAACAGCACAUGCAAGCUGAAUUCAUCCAUAGUAUUUGCAUUUUCCUGCCCCGUUGAAUGUUGUAAGUCUAUCUGACCUUCCAUGCAUGUUGUCACUGACAGAUUAAAACCCAACGUAAUGCAGCUACUGAAUAAACAAACUUCAAAUUCCUGGGAGUUGAAAUAUAACUUUUGUUGGCUUUUUCCGUCUUUGAAGAACACGUCGUAUUGCAUCGUGUUUUUUGUUUUAGCUUCCCAACAGUGUCACGUAAACAUUGAUUUGCCCGAGGUCUCUUUCUUUGAAACUCUCAUUGUCAAAGUAAAUGAAACACAUGAGGAUCUCUACACACAUGGUAAGCAAAGAUGCGGCCGUGGAAUGGUUUUAUUAAACCUAUCAUCAAGUUUUAAAUUAGUGAUUGUCCACUGGAGUAUUAACGAAAACAUAACCUCCGAAAUUAAGCCAUUAUUCCUAUUUGAGAUCCACUGAAGAUAGUGGCUUUUUCCUAGAGUAAACCAGGAAGCGAACGCUGUCAGCGAAAAUUAACAAUAACCUUCCUUUUGGAAGUGCCUUCCUCGAGGCCCAUAAAUGCCCCAUAAACGUUCAGUGAAUAGAAGUGAUAAACCGACUGCUGCCUCAGUUAGCAUUUAAAAAAUAGCAGAGUUUAAUCCACACUUUUCUGUUAAGUAAUAUUUUGUCAGGCUAUAAACUGGAAGUUUGCACUUUGCUGCACGACACACAGCCGCUUGCAAGAGGAAAAGUUGCAACCAAGCAUCUGAAAUUACAUCUGUCUUUUGUACUGUCAAAAUCAGUGUAAGAUAUAUAUUUGAGCAUUGCAUGAUUUGGCGACAGAAAACGUAAAUUGCAUGCAGAUGAAAGAUGACUGAUUUCAUCCAAAAUGUCUCAAUGGUACUUUUUGGUUUAUUAUUGCGUCUUAGAUGGGGACUAUGAUUGCUAUAAUGAGAGUUGUACCGUCGAUACAAUAACGAUGUUAAAACGUUUUAGAUAUUUGUCUGGUCUCAAACCAAGUAAUAAGAAUAAUGAACUGACCAUUCUCCUGUCAUUCCUUUUGCACAGAUGCCCCCUCCUUUGACAGUGUGCGCCCGGUUUUUACUCAGGAACGCGGACCAUUUAUAUUUACGACACUUCUGCCAGGCAUGCCAAAGGUAAGUAAUAAAAUCACAGACAAUUCUACCAGUCGAUUAGAGAAGGCAUCUAAUAUUUGAAUUGCACUAUCUUUGUUUCGCUUAGUUCGUGUACAUUCAGCCGAAUUUAUUUGACGUGCAAACACAAAACGGCACAUGCGUGGUAGUGACAGUUGAUGGACCUAUCCGUUGUAAAGUUAUACAAGGCAAGUUGUUUGGUGUUAUUCCUCUAUGGUAUAUUCCAUGCCUUAUGACCUGCCGCACUGGCAGCCAAAAAUACUGGCUAAAACUUGGCAUUUAA